AUGGCUUCAUCCGACGAGGACAAGAAGAUUGUGCUGUACCACUACUCCGCCUCGCCCUACGCGAAGCGGAUCGUGUGGUACCUAGCUCUCAGAGGCAUCCCCUAUGUCCAGUGUAUGCAACCACCAGUCCUCCCCCGCCCAGACGUAUCAAAACUAGGCCUCAACUACCGCCGCAUCCCCAUCCUCGCCAUCGGCCGCGACGUCUACCUCGACACGCGCCUCAUGCUCCGCAAGCUGGAACAACUCUACCCUUCACGGCCCCGCCUCGGCGCCACCACCCCCGAACACGCAGCCGUAGAACGCCUCCUCGAAGCCCUCAUCAUCGACUCCGUCUUCUCCAACGCAAUCAACGUCCUGCCCACGAACCUACCCAUGCUCAAGGACCCCAAACGCACCUGGUUCAAGGACCGCGAGGACUUUGUCGGCGGCAAGCUCUCCGCCGAGACGAUAGAGCGCGGACGGCCCAACGCCGUCAACGAGAUCCGCCGCACCGUGGCGCUCCUCGAGACGACGCUGCUCGCCGACGGGCGGGACUGGGUUUCCGGCACGAAGAGCCCUUCGCUGGCGGAUAUCGAGGCCUUUCCCAAAGUAUUUGCCUGGAUCGAGCGCUUCCAGAAGACGACCUCGGACGCCAGAAAGGCAGCUGGGAAGGUAGCGACGGUGUCGGGCGACGAGGCGGCGGAGAUCGUCGUCUCGUCGUCGUAUAACGAAUCGACUACGGGAGGAGUCGACGCCAAAGACUUGCUGGUGAUCGCGCAGGAUCUCAAGGCGGGCGACGAGGUGAUCGUCUGGCCCGCCGACACGGGCGCCUCGCACAAGGACACGGGGAAGCUCGUCAGCCUCGACGGGGAUGAGGUCGUCUUCGAGGUCACCGGGCCCAAGGGUACCUCCGUGAGGGUUCACGCGCCGAGGCAUGGGUUCCGGGUGGAGAAGCUGGAGAGGUAUAACGCGCGCACCGGGGCGGCCGCGAAGCUGUGA